AUGUCUGAAUCUACUUCUACACCAGCCCUCGAUCCCACCAAGAUUAGAAGUAGCCCAAAAUGUUUAUCGAUGCCAUACAACCAAUUCGGUGUCGUGGUAGAUGUGUUGCAGGCACGACAGGAGGUGAUCGAAGAAGCCCUGGAAAUUAUGACAGGGAAACAGAACAGAGAUCUUGCGCUUUUACAGCAAUUACUUGAUGGACAAGCAGCCGAUGUCAUGACGGCUAAACCUUCAACAACUCGAACUGCAUCUUCUAGGUUCCGAAAAUCUGGAGUAGAUUUAUCCAUGUCGGAGGAUCAUAACGAUCGAUUGUUAUUCCAUUCAAUAGAAUGGAUCAAUACGGGGGCUGGGCUCUUCCUUAAAACAAAGAGGAAAAACUAUAAAGAGUGGAGCGGGAAGUGGAAGGAGUACUUGAUGGGAACGGUUGGAGGAGUUGAGGCAGUUGAAGGAGCUGACGAUGGCGAAAAGAGUUUGAAGAAGCUUCUAGAAAGUUGA